UUGAAGAUGAAGACGGUGACAACCCGCUAAUUUAUUUGAUUCAACGUGGGGAAGACACGCGAUAACUUUUAGAUAUUUUUAUAAAAGCUGGCUUGGACGUGAAUCAUCAGAACAAAAAAGGAUUUUCAGCAUUAAUGAUAGCUGCAAAACAUCUUGACAGCGUUGCACUGGAAACCUUGCUGAAAGCUGGGGCAGAUGUAAAUCUUUGUACCGCUGGUAGCAAACCGACAACGACAUUGGACAUUUUACUGAAGUCAAUUCCGAGGGCCUCAUCGAGAACAAAGGAAUGCAUCCAUCGACUAAUUGCUCAUGAUGUCCAUGUACUUAAAGUAAAUCCAUGCGUUAUCCACGUCCUGAUAUCCAUUGGAUGUUUGUCACUAGCCACAAAAUUUAUUUCUUCUGGUAUAGGACCGCUAGAUGUCCCACUACACAAACGAAUCAGAGGUUGGUACAAAUCAGAGGCCUUCAUAUCACCUUUAGGCGUAGCAUUACUUCUGAACAACGUGAAGCUGGCUCAAUAUUUCUUUGAAAUAAGAUAUCUGACUAAAUCAGAUCUCUGGUUGCUUAGAAGAAAUAAAGUACUCUCUAAGCACCUUUUACCUGAGUGUUUACAAUUUACACAGGAUGCAUCACAUCAACCACUAUCACUAGAAACUCUGAGUUUUGUAGCCGUCUCUUGGGUCGUUGGUGCAGCUCCAGGAAGACAAGCCAGGAUAGAAAAGACCAAUCUUCCCCCCAUCCUACAAGCAGCAUUGUUGUACACAGACAUUCCUCCCAUCGUUGAAAACACAAGUGAACCUAGAAACCUUUCUCUCCAUCUGUCGUUCUUAAAAAAAUAUCUAGUUAAAGAGACUGAGUCUAGUGACGACAGUGUACAUGAUUCAUAUGAUGAGUUAAUCAGUGAUGAAAGUGACUAUUAAAAUGUAACCAUUAAUUAAUGGUAACGAUUGUGUUCGAACACAAUUAUCAGGACCAACAAACUAUGUUAACCACUGAUGAGUCAAAAUAAAUAUUAUUUAGACCAGUGGUUCUCAACCCCUUUGGUGUCGCCUAAGACCAUCGGAAAACACAUACUAAUACAGUUAUGAAGUAGCAACUAAAAUAAUUUUGUGAUUUGGGUCGCCACAACACGAGGAACUGGGUCGCGGCAUUAGGAGGGUUGAGAAUCUCUGAUUUAAACCAAUACAAAGAUUUAACAGACAUGAUUGUGUCCGACGCAUCGGUUAAACAUGAUUUACAGGAUUAGAAAACUGUGCC